UUCCGUGCCUUAGCACCAAUGUACUAUCGUGGGUCGGCUGCAGCCAUCAUCGUCUAUGACAUUACAAAAGAAGAGACAUUCUCCACGUUAAAGAACUGGGUAAAGGAGCUUCGACAGCACGGGCCGCCCAAUAUUGUGGUUGCCAUUGCAGGAAAUAAGUGUGAUCUUAUCGAUGUCAGAGAAGUCAUGGAGAGAGAUGCUAAGGACUAUGCCGACUCCAUUCAUGCAAUUUUUGUAGAGACCAGCGCAAAAAACGCGAUAAACAUAAAUGAACUCUUUAUAGAAAUUAGUCGAAGAAUUCCCUCCGGGGACACCAGCCAGCCCUCUGGCAGUAAGGGCUUCAAACUCCGGAGGCAGCCUUCAGAGCCAAGGCGGAGCUGCUGCUGACCGCCCUCGGCCUCUCUGACUCGAGGGAGAAGUAGGUGGUCCUGAAAGAGCAGGAGGGCUGAGGCUCCCGCCCCCCGUUUCCGCUUGGCCGGUCUGGAGUUCACGCGGAAAGGAUUCUCAGACGCGGACCAGUUCUGUCCCUGCCUGUGCCCCUCUGCUGUGUGAAGGCGCUCUGGCACACCACGGGAACUCGUCGUUGGCUCUGGCCUUGCCAGAGGGAGCACAGGAUUCUAUGGACGUAGGAGUAAGUUGUUAAGUAGUUUUGUAAUCAAGAUUUUAUGUAACAUUUGUAAAGGGAAAAUUAGCACUUUCAUGGUUCUUGAGGGAAAAAAGAGACCUGGGGAGAUUAUAAUUUCCUUGGGUUUCCCACUACCACCGUGAGAGGAGCUGUGCUAUUAGAAUGUGGUGGGAUACGGUGAGUGGAGGGAUGGCGAUGGUGAUUUGGAGCUGAGAUGGGUUAUCUGUAAAACCGGCGGGCACAGUUUCAUCUCUGCCGUCUCUGAAGCACGGCUCACUGCGUACGUGCGCCUCGGAUCCCACAGCGCAGCACGGCGAGAGCAGCGCUGCGCCCUCGCCGGCCGGGUUUGCUCGUGACCCCGUCAGGAAUGUGUCGCAAACGCGUUAGGGGCCCUCUUAAAUACGCCCCCGGGACGGAGGCUGCAGCGGGUGAGACGCUUCCUGGAAUAAAGUGAAUGGCACGUGCUCUGCGCUGCCUGGCAGUGGUUUCAAAAAAGAGGAAAAUGAGAGAGAAAGUGAAGAAAGCGGUGUGAAUGCUGUCGGUUUUUUAUUUAACCCAAGUAUUUUGGUGGGAAAAACAAGUAUCUCUUGCUUAGCCUAUGUAAAGUUGUAGUCUAUAUUUAUGAGACCGUUGCUUAAAGAUUAUAAAUUAUGUAAAUACCUGAAUAAAUUCUGCAUUCCAUCCAGCACUUCCUUGAGCCCUGCACCAGUCCUGCGUGUGCCCACCCAUUCGUAAGCCUGGCCGUGGGAGACUGCAGCACGUUUGGUCUUGUGCAGAGACAGAGCACUUAGCCACAGGCCUGAGGGUCUCUGCCUUCCCUGCACCCACCCCCUUCCCUCCCAGUCCCAUCUGGAAACCAUAAUGGAGACAUAUGCCACUUGGACAAGCCUGGCUAGGCCGUGCUCGCCUUGGGGGAAAGAUCAAGCUCCAAGCUGAAGUCGUUCACCUGGUCUUGGUAAUAAGCUGCCACAGCAGCCGCAGACCAACUGUCUUAGAGAGCUUUCCUCGUUACAAUUCAGCUCGUCCUCUCGUUUCCUUUCUUCUCCCCGGCCUCUCUUAGUGGUUAACACUCUUUUCCCUCAGGGAGCCUAAUGAGGUUUUUAAUAUAAUCUAAAAAUAAAGCACUGGCGUGAGCUUGGUGAGAAUUUGUUCCUGGUCUAAUUUGGCACCCUUCCAGCCUGAGCAUUGUGCGGGAAGAAAUUUACAAGAUUAAAUAGGAAAUGAAACAGCUUGAAUUUCAGACUAAAUUGUGUUUUCAGAGUUAUCCUUAAACUGAACAGUCGCAACUUUUAAAAAUAAUUGGUGUUUCUAGGUGCCCCCCCACUCGAAGUGAGUGGAUCAUAAUGGGAAAAUUAUAACUCAGAUUAAGUGAGAAAUAAUUCCUCGUUCCCUCUGUCCAAUAUCUUAGGCAUUUUAAGUUAUUUUAUUCUCUUACUGACACCGCCUACAGAGAAUGUAGUCGGUGAAGAUUGUGACGUUUCAUGUAAGAUGCGGGAGCCGUCCACCGCCUCAGCGCCAGCUCCUGGAGAGAGUGAGGGGUUUGCAGGGCUAGGCUGUCACACCUGCAGGCUGUUUGACUUUAUUUUAUGUCCAUCUGUGGUGGAUCCUGGGCACACAGCCAUCGCCCUGGUAGGCCCCACGUCCAGCUGCUGGGCCUCUGUUUCCAAGACAACAAAAUAAAAACAGGGUGAUUGGCUGCUUCCAAAAAGACCCUAAGUGGGUGGGCCUCCCUGUCUCACUGCACGGCCUUCACCUGUUGUCAGCAGGUGGCUGACAGGGAAAGACGGGGUCCCCUGGCCUUGGCCCCGCUGCGAGGCCGUCAGCGCCUCUCACCCUCGCCGCGGCCGCUCUGGCCCCGGGCGCUGGUCUCCGUCCGUGAUGUCUCAAACUCCACUCAAGCAUGCCGCUUUGUCACCCCGCACGAGGGGCUGUGGCCGGGCACUCGCGGGCCUCUUCCCCUUUAUCCCCGUCAUUGUGUUUACGUGGAUACAGCCCUGUUCCUCCUGUUCUGUCUCUUUAAUGCUUAACAACAACAGCAACAAGUCUGUGUCCCAAAUCCACGAUCCAUGCAGUGAAGACGGGCGCUGCUGCCGCUCUGUGCACGGAUGAGCCUGAGAGUGAGCCUGUUAUUUCAGGCACAUUUGAGUGGUUAACCGUGUUAAGCAGUGAUCUAAUCCACACUUCCUGUUCUCUUUAUUGUAUCUUAAGAGAAAAGAUUUCCCAGGAGUUGGUCAUAGCCCGUCUAUAAAAACCUGUUGGCUCCCUGUUGACACAGGACCAUUUUUUUAAAUUUCUGGAACUGAACAGAAGAGAAAAAUCAUUAAUCAGCCCCAGUGAGUAUCGAUCCCUUUCAGAGAACGUGAAAUAAGCUGCUCGCAGGUGUCCAGGCCUGGGAACUCGGUCGCCAGCCUGCUCUCACACGAGUGUGUUCUGGUUCUGUGACAGCUGCUUAGCCACCGCUGGGUGAUUCACUGUCCUUCGUUUUAGGCUCUAAGAAGUGACCGGGCAGAAGGACCUGUUGUAAGCCCUUCUGGUUCCAAAUGAAACCCCCGUCACCUCCUUGUCCGCCGUGGUAAGAAGUUCUGCCGAGGCGGCGGCUGGAAGACGGCUCCUUUUAAAGCCCCGUCCUUUCCUGACCCCCGAUGCUUGUGAAAUGCCUGCCUCCCACGGCACACACGGCUCCCCGAGGCCCGCCUGUGUCGGAGGGGACCGGGACUGGCCCUAGAGGUGCCGUCCCUUCAGGUGGCCAGUGUCUGUCCGGGGUUCUCUCUCAGUCCCCUGUAUUUUGAAAUACGCAAGUGGGGGGAAAAGCACACUGAAUUCCGGAACUUUAAGUCUUGUCUUUUCUUUCUGUUCUCAAGGAGGAAGAUAGGUCUGAGAGACCUUGUACUUUACACUCUGGGAGGCAGGGUAAUUAAAUUCCCGGGUGGCCAGUCCUGGCUUUCCUGCCGCUGUCCGAUCAGGACGCGUGUGUUUUUUGUGGCAGGGGGGUUCCCAUCGCACUGCACCCGCUGGCCUCUGCUCGGCCCUGCGCUUCGGAGCCGUUUGUUCCUUGCUGCAGGCAGCCUCUGUGUCGCAGAGUGACUUGCGGAUGAUCACGCGUGUUCCUUCUAGCGCCCUGUCAGAACACACCACGGCCGUGGGCCCUUGCGGUAGAAGAUGCAGGCACACAGUGAGCCCUUAGGCGUGCAGUUUAAGUAGUGGGAGAAUCCUUUCCUUCCAAAGUAACUACCUGACCUGUAGCAGGAGCCGGGUUCAGGACACCUGGGGGCACGGUGGGCCGGCCAGCUGGCUCCGAAAGCCCUCCGGGCUGCGGGUGUCCGUCCUGAGUCACUGUGGGAGGUCACGGCGGUGGCCAGCUAGACAGUGCAAACCUGUGAAACCUGCGUCACAGGAUCCGUCUGAAAGGGGCCAGCGGCACCACGCGUGCUUCCUGUCUGACGGCAGAGGCUCUGCCUCGGUUCGUGUGUUACAAAGGAAGACGGGGAACGCGCCUUCGUGGGGUGAGCUGUUAACUUCAUCCCUGCCUCGGUAGCUGGCUCAUCAGAGAAAAGUAAACCCUUUAAGGUGACAUGUAGGAGAUUUGUCUUCGCUCCUGUGGUGUUAGGAUUUAAAAAAAAAAAAUCGUCCAAGCAACAAAUCAUCUGGGAGAUAAACCUGAUGGUGCGUAGUUUUAGAAAGGGGGCGGGGGGUGGGGAGAAGUGUCGCCCAGGACUUAAAGAGACAGCCCCGCACGCUUCUGCGGACGGCAGAGCCGCUUGUCUUGACUCCCAGUAAUAGAAAUCCAGGCAGUCUGAGUAUCCAAUUUGCAAGAAACGUUAAUGGAAUUCUGGGGCAUUUGUCCUGUUUUAUGUGCAAAUGAAAGUCUAAAAAAUAUCAGAAGGGUACUACAUUUUUCAGGAGCCUCCGUUGUUUGAGUCUAAGGGAAUGUUAAGUGAGAGACCUGUGGGGAUGGCGCUCACCAGACAACGAGGGAGGUGGGCAGACGGACCCCGGAGUCUCUGUACUUCUGUUUGUCCUUCAGGGUUCUCGGCAUAGAGGGAGAUGCUUUACUCUCCGGACCCACAGGCCCUCCGGCGGCUACAGGAUCAGGUCUAGUUUGAUCUCUGUGCCAUCAGCAGUAGCCAGUCCCUGCGCCUUCCUUGCCGAGUGAUCCAUCACAGAUGCGCUAGAGUAUUUCUGGCUUCAAAACAGACGAAUUCAGGAGUUUAAUAGAAAAGCAGAAACCUCAGCCUUCCAUCCAUUCCUUUUAUUAUGUUGAACUUUGUAGACAAGAUGAGGAUGUAUCAUCAGCAGAUACUGAAAUUAAAACCAUGGUGUCUAAACAAAAAAAAAUGUUUUAUUUAGCUUGCAAGUUUUAUUUUUAAAUCUGUAUGGCACCCGGUGCCUCAUCAGAAUGCUUUGUAAUUGCAGCAGACAAAAUUCCGGGUAGCUUCCCAUGAAAGGGCGUUCAGGUGCCAAGUUCUACCAGCCAGUUAAUGGAAGUCCUCAGAUAGUAAGGAUUCCGGAAGGAGCCUCUUCAACUGACAGUUCUAAACUGUGGACCUCAGGGCUCCUGAGCCACGCCACAGAAACGAGCGUUUUCCUGAUGCCACUCCUCGAUUCGGGAACUUUCCACUGCUUCAGGAAACAAAUUGUUUAAUGCCGUGUUUCGGAGGAGAUCCUCGUUAAAAUGAGCACUUCCUUACCUGGGGCCAAUAAUCUCUGCUCAGAACUGAAACUGCCAAAUUCCUGAAAAUGUCUUGUUGCCUGAGGCCAGGCGCACGGCUUCCCCCAGAGCCCUGCCCACCUGCUAGCAGGGUGCCCUCCGCCACGGGCAGUCCCUGCACCCAGGCCUGCAGUGGCGUUUGGACUUUGGGGCUUGAUCCUAACAUCACUUGGCCAUCAUUAAUUUUACACUAAAUUUAUAUUUGAACAAUCAGUUUUACCCCCCUGAAAAAUGUGGAACCUUCCUCUUAUUUUGAGUAUCACGUGGUGGCAUAGUUUGUGAAACUCUUGACAGCGUGGGUCAGGCACAGGGCGUCCGAGGGAUCACACGCUGGGGGGAAGGGCUGGCAGCUGGCUGCCAGUGAGGGGGGGGGGGCGGGGGGGGGAGGGGGGCUCUGUUCUUAAACCAUUUGUUGUGCUGUGUAGACAGAGCUCCACUGCCCUGGCAGAUUUUUUUUAGCUCCCACCCAGCUGAGUCUCUCCAUCACGAGUCAGAUGAUCGUGCGUCAUUGGUGUCUUGCCGUCCAUGAUCGAAGCAGACUCUCGCUUUACCCCCCUGUUCUCAUUUUUCUGCGACCUCCCCCUAAGAGCUGCAUAGCCCAGCCACCCGCUCAGCAGGCCAUAGGCCUUCCUCCGCUCACCGUCACCGGGCAGGGUUGCCGGCCCCCGGCGGGUGGUUUUAGGUGAGGGGCCCCGGGACUUCCAGACAGUGAAGGGCGGGGCGGCUCUGUAUGUGCGGGAACAGAACGCGUUCCCGUGGGCGCUCUGUCAGGUGUCACAGGGCGUUUGCUAAAACAUGUGAGCGCCCAAGUCAGAAGUCCAGAGGAACAGCCAUGGAGAGAAGCAAAGCAGACGGAAGGCUGCGCCGUCGCACCAGCACGUCUGGUUUCUCCUGCAGACGCCAUGCCUUCCUGGGACCCGGUGCAAGGAGUGAGAUUUCUGUGCCUUUUGCUAACAGCGCCCCAGCCCUGCCACAGCCCACACCCCGUCGUGGCUUCUUUGCUUGCCACGGUGCCUGCCUGCCUGUGCCGAGACCGUAGUGCCCGUCCGCCGAGCUCCUGUCGAUGUUUGAGGGCUUUAUUUUUGCAGUCUUAACCUUGGGCUGGACCUAAGUCUGUGUGAGCCCUCUGAUGUCUGUGUGGUUUAUAGAUGCUGACAGAAGAAAGCCAGGCCUUUUGAUGUCUGUUAAGAGUUGUUUUCCUUCCUGUCCUCACGCUGGUGGUAGUUUGCACAUGAAGGCUGAUUUGGCACACUUGAGCGAUACUGUUCUAGCUUAAUGUUCUCCCGUAGGCUUUUCUAGAACAUAACGUGCUAAAUCACUAUAAACUUUGUUGUAAGAAGGGUGUACACAUUUUGUUAAUAAAAUGCUACGUUUACAAAUACA